AUGCAAACCCCAUCCUCAAACGCACCCUCCGCCUACCCCAGCCCCUCCGUAGCGGCUCUGCAACUCCAAUACGUCGGCAACAAUGUCAAGGACGUCCAAACGCCCGCAGCGGUCAUUGACGCAGCAGUGGUGCGGAGGAAUUCGGCUGAUGAGGUUGACGUUGGAUUUCGGGCGCAUGUGAAGACGCACAAGGUAGCGUGCCUCUUCGCGAUGCUGGAAUAUCUGCUGAAGCAAGUUGCAGACGACACAAAUCGCCAAGCUCCAGGUCGGAGAGGAGGUUUCGAGGCCGGUAAAGCUCUCCUGCCGUCAGCCGUUCCACGGUUAGCCGCCGUUGCUCGCAUUCUCGGCGAGGGUACAGUCGGACUGUUCACGGACCACCCGGCUCACAUCAAGUUAUUGGACGAGGUCGACGAUGCCGCAUGGCCAGGGACCAUUCCAGUCUGGGUCAACAUCGAUGUCGGCGACCACAGAGAGGGCGUGCCGCCGGAAUCUGGCCAGCUCGCUGACGUCGCGUACGCAGUAGCUGCAUCGAAGCGUGUGCGGCUGGCAGGUGUUUACACGCACCUGGGCACGUCAUAUGGUUCCAGCAGCCCGGAUGAGGCGUUGCAGUACAUGGCCAGGGAGCUUGAAGGUCUCGAAAAGGGCGCCAUCUCCUUCCUCAAGUGCACCGGUGCGACACCCACGCAAGACGGCCAAAUUCCAAAAGUUACGCUGUCGUUGGGGGCCACGCCCACCGCCACCGCCGUGCAGAACAUAGUAGAUGGAACGGAAGGCGCUCAGAAGUACCGGGAGAUGCUGGAUCGGAUCAAGCAGUCUUUCGACCUGGAGAUACAUGCCGGCGUCUAUCCUGUCAUGGACAUGCAGCAGAUGGCCGCCAGAGCACGGCCAACACAGUCCGCGGUCAAUCCAGCGCAGAGCUUGCUGUCGUACUCUGAUCUCGGCUUCCGCCUCCUGGUCGAAGUCGCUAGCACAUAUUCAGAGCGAACUGACAAGCCCGAGGCAUUAGUUGCAGCAGGUUCGAUCGCGCUGGGACGGGAACCCUGCAAGAGCUAUCCUGGAUGGGGUGUCGUGACUCCUUGGCCGGAAAAAUCAGGAAGUCAUUACGAUCCUGAAGGCUCAAAGACAGGUUGGAUCGUAGGCUCGAUCAGCCAGGAGCAUGGCGUGCUUGCGUGGGAGGGAGCCAAAGAUUCCGUGCGCCCGCUCGAACUCGGUCAGAAGUUGAUGCUGUGGCCGAACCACGCUUGUAUCGCCGGUGCCAACCAUGGCUGGUACGUGGUUGUGGACUCCGAUAAGGCCGAUCCAAAUGUUGUCCAAGACGUCUGGCUCCGGUGGCGAGGUUGGUGA